AUGGUCCCGACAGCAUUAAUUUAUAGAGUUUCUACUGUAGGUGCUGCUGGACAAGGUAAAUUUUCUUAUUGCUUUGAGACGUUGAACCAGAAUAUUGAGGGAUCAGAUACAUAUUUAAGGUUUGGUACGGAUGCGACGAUUAAAGAUGUAGGUCUUAAAAUAUAUAUAACUCCCACUGUUAUACCUACGUUUCGAACUUCUUUUUAUUACUUAAAUAUAGAAGAUAUUAGUGUAGGUAACAAAAGAGUGGGAUUUCCUAGAGGUACUUUCAAGCUUAACAGUCACGGAGAAGGUGGCACUGUCAUAGAUUCUGGCACUCCAAUAUCCUUUAUGUAUAAAGAUCAUUUUGAUAGAGUUGCAGAUUUGGUGAAGGCACAUUUUAACGACCUCAGAAUUGAAUAUAUUGGUUCACAAUACAAUUUUAAUGUUUGUUUUCGUCCAAGAGGAAGAUUUGAUAUUACUAAUUAUCCUUCCAUAACAAUUCAUCUUCAACAAGCCGAUUAUGUUAUUCCAGAUUAUAAAGCUAAUUUUGUGGUAACAUCUGAUGGAAUUAUUUGCUUAGAAAUUUUCCGAGUGGAUACAAAUAGGCCUGCUUUUAUUUUAGGAGCAAUGCAACAAUCUAAUAAACGUAUUUUGUACAAUGUUAUGGAUCAAUCGCUUUCAUUCGCUACAAAAUAUUGUGAAUUGGAUUCUUGA